AUGAAGCCGAACACACAUUUGAAGAAGCUCCUAAAGAUAGAUAUUUCUCCAGAUUCCUCUUAUUCUGAUAUCGAGGUAGGUCUGUCGAAUUUGAAGAGGAUCAUAAAGUCCACCUCGCAAAAAGAGGUCAUAAGGGGUGGAAUCAGGAAGAUGGGGCAGUUAUUCCAUGCAAAGAAUCGGAUUGCCAAAUCCCUAGCACUGAAGUAUCUCGAGAAGGUUAGUAAGCAUGUGGAGGAGGUGGACACAAACAUCCUCCAUAUGUUCUACUCUACAGACCCAAGAAUCAGUGAUCUUGCAGUAAGAUAUGUGUGUGUGUUUUCGAGAUUCUUUAAGAACAACGAUAUUGUAUUUUACCACGUAUACAGGACAAAGAGUAAAUAUCGCAGGGAUGCCCUACAAGCGCUUAUCUUACAAUCUCCAAGGUACAGGGCCUAUGAAAAGGAUUUCGGGGUUGGGGAUCUGGAUCUAUUUGAAAAUGUGCGAAGGAAUGCACCAGAAGAGUAUUUUGGGAGACUGGCGUUGCCCAAGCUUGUGGAACUAUCCUCCAUGUAUCCUUGUCUUGUACGAUACUUCAAGUUUACAAGGAAGUUUCUUGGAGAAGAAUUAGAAAAGAGAGACCGGUAUUCCCAAGGUGUUCUGCAUCGCCUUGGAAAGAUCCUAGGAGUUGAAGAAAGGAGAGAGACCAUGUGGGAUGAGUUUCUUGUGUGCUUGGCAUGGAUGAAGCACGGGAGAUUUGACAAGUCGAUUAGAGUGCUGGAGAGGCUUUGCAGUCUGGAGAUAAGCAAGGAAUACAAAAUAAUCUUUGAAGUGUUUAUAAGGAAGAUGUCGAGACGGCUAGAUUCCAGAGAUGGGACGGCCAGGAAGAGAGCCCAGAUUACCAUCUCGAGCAGUUUUGAAAUUGAGCUGUGUGGGCUGUCUCAGAACAGUGUGUAUAAGAUGCUUUUCCGCCUUUUUAAGGAUGGAGUGAAGUAUGUAGAUUCAAAGUCCAGGAAAGCCAAAAAUGUUUAG